CCAUUGGCGACCAAACGCAUUCGACUGUCAGAUCUUCGUUAGAGUUUGCAGCUCAAGUUCACAGCCCACUUGGGCAAGCGUUGCUGCCUCGAUGCCACUCUUCCACUCGCAGACUCGCAGCGAAGUGUUGAGCAUUCAAUCUGGUGCUAGGAACCAGUAGAAGGGUCAGCAUGGAAGUGGAGAGUGCACCUGUUGCUGAUAUGCCCAUGAAAGUAGUGCCUAAAACUCUACUUAAGAAGCGGAAGCGCGAUGAGCUUUGGGCCAUCAACCGCAUGCAGCAUUUGGAGUCUUCGAAGAGCAGAAAUUCAGAGAAUCGCAAACUCAUCUUCAAAAGCGCUGAGCAGUUCAUUAAGGAAUAUCUUUGGACUGAUGGGUGGUUCCUGGAUGUGGAGCAGGAGUCUGAUCUGAUCCGACUGAAGAGAGAAGCGAAGCUGAAGGGUGGAUUCUAUGUGGAGCCUGAGGCCAAGCUCAUGUUUGUUAUUCGUAUUCGUGGUGUGAACGACAUGCAUCCCAAGACCAGGAAGAUCAUGCAGUUGUUACGUUUGAGACAGAUCUUUAAUGGGGUGUUCAUGAAAGUUAACAAAGCCACGAUGAACAUGUUGAGUCGAGUCGAGCCAUAUGUGACCUACGGGUACCCUAAUUUGAAGAGUGUUCGUGAAUUGAUCUAUAAGCGUGGGCACGGUAAGGUUGUCAAGUCACGUGUCGCCCUUACUGACAAUACCAUUAUCGAGCAGGCACUUGGAAAGUUGGGUAUCAUAUGUAUUGAGGAUCUCAUUCAUGAGAUCUUCACUGUUGGACCUCACUUCAAGGAAGCCAACAACUUUUUAUGGUCUUUCAAACUUAGCUGUCCUUUGGGAGGUCUGAAGAAGAAGAGGCUUCAUUUCGUUGAGUCUGGUGAUGCUGGAAACAGAGAGGACUUGCUCAACAAUCUCAUCCGCCAGAUGACUUAAAGCUCCACUCGCUAUAAUUUCAAUGAUGAUUAUUUUGCUGGUUUGAGAGUCAUGGGACAUUGAUGUGUGUUGAAAACAUGCACGGAUUGUAGUUUUCUCAGUGCUCAACACCAAGCAGUCUUAGUUUGUACACAUGGCCAACCAUCUGUCUUGUCGGCUCUAAUUUGGUUUCCGAACCUGUGACCCAUGAUGAAAUGGUUAGGUAAAGUUGCAGACUGUGUACCUUUUUAUGUGCCUAAUACGUAGGGGCUAAAGUUGCCGAUUCUUUGACCGAACCUAUCGGUUCAACAGAGCAGUUUCGUACCAGUUAGGUUGCCGUUCACGCCUGUGAGUUCUACUUCCAUUUUGUGGCAAGUUGUUGGCAAUUUAUAAGGCGAAAGAAUUUUUCUCAUCAAGUUCUUGGAA